UCAUUAGCGGACGCGCACAUGGGAUAAAAAAUGUCGCCGGUGUGUGAGAACCACGGCUUUUAGAUCUCAGAUCGUUACUGUUAAUCGUGCGUAGCUUGUCCUCCAACGCUGUAGAGUUGCUGCCAGUAGCGGGUGUGAUCGACAGCAGCGCAAGAGACUGUUAUUGAGGCCAAGCCAUGAGCACCAUCUUGCACUCGGCCCUGCAGCGGUUGGUUGGCCGGAGCCCGGUCCAAAUUUCAGUGCGCUUCUGGGAGCGGAAAAAGUACAUCCGACGCUAUGGCUAUGAGAGCCCUCUGCUGCCCCCUGGGUACCUUCCACGGCUGCCGAAGGAGCACGAGAAACUCAAGACCCAACCCGUCUAUACACCCAAGGAUGCUUGGUGUGAGCGAAGAGCCCUCUUUGGCCAAAAUGACUACAUCGACAUCCUGGGCAAUGGUUCUUUGAAGCCCAUCCACAUCAUGAGGGGUGUCCCUGGUUGGCUGCAGGGCUUUCAGGGCAACGAGUUCCAGAUGCUGCUGCGCAAAAGGCCCGUUGUGUACCACUGGAAGCAGACGCGGCCCACCGACUUCCACAAGCUCUCCAAACGCAUCCGGUGGCUCUACAAGGUGCUGAACCAUAGGACACGCUCAAACUGAUUACACUGGCGGAAACUAUAGCUUGAUCUGUAGUUAUGUAAUAAAGCAACACAUUGAUGCUA